CCUCAUUCCUCCUCUUUCUCUUUUCUUGUCUUCUCUUUCUCUCUCUUCGCUUCUUUCCCCGCUGUGCGUGGUCACUCUUUGACCAGUUCUUUUGACUGAGUCACUUCUCUCUUUCUUGUACAGCAUUUCGAUAGAAACCCUCAUUCCACUUUACAGUUUCACACAGCUGCCGGUCAGCAUUUUAUCUUUACCAUGCCUUCUCUACGAGUUCUCCUUCUUCUCGUUGCUCUCCUAGCAACUGUCGCACUCGCUGCACCUACUCCUGGGAAGCUAGUUGGUCGGUCAUUCAAAGUCCCACGCAGCAUCAACCCAGCAAGCAAACGUCAACUGAAUGGAAUGGACGCCAUUACAAAAGCAUAUCGCAAGUACAAAUGGGGGAUAAUCGGAGCUAAGAGGCAUCACCACGGCAAAAAACACGGGGUCAAGACACCAUUCUCUCAGGGCAAUGCCACUACUCCUGGAAACGCUGCUCCAUCAACUGCCCCUGCCGCUGCAAGCAACGAAACUGGCGAGGUUACUGCAACGCCUGAAAACAAUGAUGCCCUCUUCCUCUCCCCGGUCAAGAUUGGAGGGCAGACCCUGAACAUGGACUUCGACACCGGCUCUUCCGAUCUCUGGGUCUUCAACACCGCACUCUCCUCAGCUGAAAUUGGUGGCCAUACGGCUUUUGACCCGACCAAGAGCAGUACAUUCAAGGCCAUCGACAACGCCGCCUUCUCCAUCUCCUACGGCGACGGGAGCGAUGCCGCAGGUACCGUCGGCAACGACGUCGUCGACAUCGGCGGCGCAACCGUCACCGCUCAAGCCGUCGAGCUCGCGACCGCAGUCUCCCAGUCCUUCGUCCAAGACACCAACAACGACGGCCUCGUCGGCCUCGCCUUCAGCAAACUCAACACCGUCACAAUCGGCGGGACCAAAACCCCCCAAAAGACCUUCUUCGACAACGUCAUGCCCUCCCUCGCCGCGCCCGUCUUCACCGUCGACCUUGAAUCCGACGGCACCGGCACCUACGAAUUCGGCAACAUCGACACGACCCGGUUCGCGGGCCCGCUCGCCUUCGUCGCCGUCGACUCGACCAACGGCUUCUGGCAAUUCGACUCGCCGGGCUUCACCAUCAACGGCAAAGCGCAGCAGAACACGGGCGCCUCCCCCGCCAUCGCCGACACGGGCACCUCGCUGCUGCUCGUCGACGACGCCGUCGCGACGGCCUACUACGCGCAGGUGCAAGGCGCGGUGAACGACCCAAACAGUGGUGGCUUCGUGUAUCCGUGCAAUACCACGCCGCCCGACUUCGGGGUUGCGAUUGGCGCGAAUUAUGUGGCAAAUGUGCCGGGGGAUCAGAUUACGUUUGCGCCGGUGGAUGCGACGAAUACGACGUGCUUUGGCGGCGUGCAGAGCAACGGGGGCUCGAACUUGCAGAUCUAUGGGGAUACGAUGUUUAAGAGCCAGUUUGUGGUGUUCAACGGGGGGAAUCAGAGUUUGGGGUUUGCGCCCAAGGCCGCGAAGUAGGAGAGUGGGCUUGGGCUCUGUAUAUAUUUCCCGAGGGGGAAAGUAGGGAAUGGAGGACGCUCUCUGCAUGACUGAGUUUGCAUGGAUAUGGAUCAAUGAAUAGACGAUUGAAUAUGCAUAUGGUACUUUGCUGUCUUUUAGCGCAUACGAAACAGUCAUUGCGAGCUAUGGACUGACCCAAAGCGUCUGUUGUAACUAGUCGUACCCUAAGAUGAAAUUACAGUCGCUUUGAUACUCC